UAGCACGAAUCUGAAAGGGACAGCCUCUCUUAGCAAGAGAGGCCUUUAUAAAUAGCCGCACGGUUAAUCUCACAACUCAGUGCAGUAGUAGUAGCAUGCAAAGGAUUUGCCCUGCUCACUGCUCGGUCACUCACUCACUCACCAUGAAGUCCAUGAGGCUUUCCUACAUCCCUCCUGCUGCUUCUGCUGCUCCACAGAGCCCCAGCUAUGGCAGGAAGAAGAACGCCUCCGCCGCUCCGCCAUCGGCUGCCGCCUCCACCACCGUUCUCACCUCCCCGCUGGUGACCACCACCCGCACUCCGAAGCAGACCGAGCAAGAGGACGAGCAGUUGGUAGCCAAGACCAAGACUACGAGAACUGUUAUUGCUACGACGAAUGGCAGGGCGGCGCCGAGCCAGUCUCGGCCUCGCCGCCGGCCUGCCCCCGCCGCCGCGGCGUCGGCCGCUUCGCUGCCGAUGACGUUCUGCAACGCGCUGGAGGAGGUGAUCAACACGUUCAUCGACCCGCCGGCGCUUCGGCCGGCGGUGGACCCGCGGAACGUGCUGACCAGCAACUUCGUGCCCGUGGACGAGCUGCCGCCGACGCCCUGCCCCGUCGUGCGCGGCGCCAUCCCGCGCUGCCUCGCCGGCGGCGCCUACAUCCGCAACGGGCCCAACCCGCAGCACCUCCCGCGCGGGCCGCACCACCUGUUCGACGGCGACGGCAUGCUGCACUCCCUCCUCCUCCCGUCGCCCGCGUCGUCCGGCGACGACCCCGUCCUGUGCUCGCGCUACGUGCAGACGUACAAGUACCUCGUGGAGCGCGACGCCGGCGCGCCCGUCCUGCCCAACGUCUUCUCCGGCUUCCACGGCGUGGCCGGGAUGGCGCGCGGCGCCGUCGUGGCGGCCAGGGUCCUGACCGGGCAGAUGAAUCCGUUGGAGGGCGUCGGGCUCGCCAACACCAGCCUCGCCUACUUCGCCGGCCGCCUCUACGCGCUCGGCGAGUCCGACCUCCCCUACGCCGUGCGCGUCCACCCGGACACCGGCGAGGUGACCACGCACGGCAGGUGCGACUUCGGCGGCCGCCUCGUCAUGGGCAUGACCGCGCACCCCAAGAAGGACCCCGUCACCGGCGAGCUCUUCGCGUUCCGCUACGGCCCCGUGCCGCCGUUCGUGACGUACUUCCGGUUCGACCCGGCCGGCAACAAGGGCGCCGACGUGCCCAUCUUCUCCGUGCAGCAGCCGUCGUUCCUGCACGACUUCGCCAUCACCGAGCGGUACGCCAUCUUCCCGGAGAUCCAGAUCGUGAUGAAGCCCAUGGACAUGGUGGUGGGCGGCGGCUCGCCCGUGGGGUCGGACCCCGGCAAGGUGCCCCGCCUCGGCGUGAUCCCGCGCUACGCCACCGACGAGUCGGAGAUGCGGUGGUUCGAGGUGCCGGGCUUCAACAUCAUGCACUCGGUGAACGCGUGGGAGGAGGCCGGCGGCGAGGAGCUGGUGCUGGUGGCGCCCAACGUCCUCUCCAUCGAGCACGCCCUGGAGCACAUGGAGCUAGUGCACUCCUGCGUCGAGAAGGUGCGCAUCAACCUCCGCACCGGCGUCGUCACGCGCACCCCGCUCGCCGCCGGGAACUUCGACUUCCCCGUGAUCAACCCGGCUUUCCUCGGCCGCCGCAACAGGUACGGCUACUUCGGCGUCGGCGACCCCGCGCCCAAGAUCGGCGGCGUGGCCAAGCUCGACUUCGACCGCGCCGGCGAGGGCGACUGCACCGUGGCGCAGCGCGACUUCGGGCCCGGGUGCUUCGCCGGCGAACCGUUCUUCGUGGCCGACGACGUCGAGGGCAACGGCAACGAGGAUGACGGGUACUUGGUGUGCUACGUCCACGACGAGGCCACCGGCGAGAACCGGUUCGUGGUGAUGGACGCGCGGUCGCCGGACCUGGAGAUCGUCGCGGAGGUGCAGCUGCCCGGACGCGUCCCCUACGGCUUCCAUGGCCUGUUCGUCACGCAGGCCGAGCUCCAGUCACAGCACCAAUGAUACAAACCAACGUAGCAAUGUAUAGAAUUCACGUAUACAUUUUCCAUACGAAAUUACGAGUUACUGUGGAACACGUAGUAUAAGUGCACACAUACUUCGAGAAAAUUAUGUAGAGUACAUAUGAAAUGAAAGAAUGAUUUUAACUACA